AGCGGCGGCGGCCGGUGGUGGCAGCGCCGGCGGCCAUGGCGGCGACGGAGGCUGGCGGCGACGAUGCCCGCUGCGUGCGGCUGAGCGCCGAGCGGGCCCGGGCGCUGCUGGCCGACGUGGACACGCUGCUGUUCGACUGCGACGGCGUCCUGUGGCGCGGCGAGACGGCGGUGCCCGGGGCGCCCGAGGUGCUGCGAGCGCUGCGGGCCCGCGGCAAGCGCCUGGCCUUCAUCACCAACAACAGCAGCAAGACCCGCGCGGCCUACGCCGAGAAGCUGCGGCGCCUGGGCUUCGGCGGCCCCGCGGGGCCCGACGCCGGCCGCGAGGUCUUCGGCACGGCCUACUGCACGGCGCUCUACCUGCGCCAGCGGCUGGCGGGCGCGCCGGGCGCCAAGGCCUACGUGCUGGGCAGCCCAGCCCUGGCGGCCGAGCUGGAGGCCGUGGGCGUCGCCUGCCUGGGCGUGGGGCCCGAGCCGCUGCGGGGUGACGGCCCCGGCGACUGGCUGGCCGCGCCGCUGGAGCCCGGCGUGCGCGCCGUGGUGGUGGGCUUCGACCCGCACUUCAGCUACAUGAAGCUGCUCCAGGCCCUGCGCUACCUGCAGCAGCCCGGCUGCCUGCUCGUGGGCACCAACAUGGACAACCGGCUCCCGCUCGAGCACGGCCGCUUCAUCGCGGGUACCGGCUGCCUGGUGCGCGCCGUGGAGAUGGCCGCGCAGCGCCAGGCCGAUGUCAUCGGGAAGCCCAGCCGCUUCAUCUUCGACUGCGUGUCCCAGGAGUACGGCGUCAACCCGGAGCGCACGGUCAUGGUGGGAGACCGGCUGGACACGGACAUCCUCCUGGGCGUCACCUGUGGCCUGAAGACCGUGCUGACCCUCACUGGAGUCUCCACGCUGGAGGACGUCAAGAGCAAUCAGGAAAGUGACUGCUUGUCCAAGAAGAAAAUGGUCCCUGAUUUCUAUGUGGACAGCAUCGCUGACCUUCUGCCCGCCCUUCAAGGUUAAAGAUUUAGUGUCUUUAAUCUCCAGAAUAAAAAAAAAUGGAAAGUUAGUUACCCCAUCCGUUGGUGGGGCUCAAGUCCCCACUCAGCGAGACGCUCCAGAGGACGUACUGUGAGCCAAGCAGAGGCUUUAGUUUCUACCUUGUGAGUAAACAUGGGGGGUGAUCUUGUUUACAGAUGCUUGUGUUGUAAGAUGCACUUUUAAGGAUGCCACCCUGGGGCUCCCAGGUCUGGGGUGCUGUUGGCAAGGGUGGGUGUGUACCUGGCCAGGAUUUAGGCAGCUUCAGGACCUGCAGACAGGACUGAGGUGUGCCUCGGGCUGUGUGUUCCGGGAUUUUGUUGAAGAACCCGUUCAGGGACGAAGCCCCCCCUUGCAAGGGGCAGGGGUUGGUGCUCGUUAUCACAACUGUUGGGAGAAAUUGUAUGGAGGCGAUCAGGGCUGGCAUCCGUGUGUCCUCUGGCAGAAGGGUCUGCUGCUGCCUCUAGACCCCUUUUGUGGAGGACAGGAAUGGAGAAGGGGACAUUACCAGGGGUGUCUGGCUCUCCUUCAGGUAUGGGGCACUGCCCUAUACCCCCCCCCCCACGUACACACCCACUUCUUGCAAACCACUGCGAUGUCACAAUUGUCUCUUCCGUUUCAGAUCCCCAGGGCUGCCGGGCCACACGCAUGGUUGUGCAAUUCUAUAAAUCAGCCCGGUUAGGCUUCGGGUGCCCUAAUGUGCUUUUAAAUCCAGGUGACUUUUCCUGAGCAUGUCGUGUUGGUGGCCAAGCAGCCGGGAGGGUGUGGCUGCAGUCCCUGAACUCUGCACUGCUGUUCAGCGCUGGUACCAAAAAUGAUCCCUGUGAACUUUGGAAGGACUUUGUCAAGUGCUGAAACAGAAUCUUGAGUGUGUUGAUUAAUAGCUGUGCUCUGUUUCGUAGGGAAAUUCCCACCAAGGAAGCCUACGAGCCCUGCAGCCAGCGGCACGGCCUCGGGCGUGUCCUGUCACCCGGGCACCCUCUGGGUGGGUGAGGGGGAGUUUCUCCAGGAAAGGAAGGCCUUUUAAAAAGCCUUCGGCUCUUCCGUCUUCCUGUCUCCUUGGUUGGGGCUGGGGCCAGUGGCCCAGGAGGCCCACCUCCCUUACCCCUGGAUCCCGCGGUCUGGCCGGUGGAAGGAGUAGCCACUUCCUGGCGGGGGCCGUGGCGUUCUCUGCCUGUUCCUGGGUCUGCUGCCCUCGAGGACGGGCCUUUCAAGAGACGCUCCACCGGCACGUGUGGGCAGAGCCUGGGAAGCUGUUCCUCUCAGCCGACUGCUUCCCGGUUUUUGCCCUGCACCCAGUGGCAACUGCCCACGGCCGUAGCUGCUGUCCUGGCGCUCGGGUCACGCUCAUCCACUGAGAGUUUUCAGAGCAAUAAAGAGUAUCCCAAGGCUCCAGCUCCUCCCAGAUCUGGGGUCUGGGCUUUGCAUCGGGCUGGUCUGCAGCCGCUUUGCUCCAGGCGGAACCAUCAGGGAGGCCAGUGCCUGUGAGGUUGGUGGAGCUGACCCUGGCUCUGCGAUGUCGGCUCAAGGUGGGUCUGAUGUUGAGCAGACCUGUCAGGGCGUCGUCACCCACACCAGGAGCACGCAGCGGGGCGGCCUCCGUGACCUCCCUCUCCUGCCCGGCAGCGCCCAGGAGCCCAUGCAUCACGGGCUCCACACUGUGUACUGAACGUGUAGUAAAUUCUGCAACCUGCUCGA